GGGUGUCUGUGGGAGAGGACGCGCGUCGUGCCUCCGGUAGCAGCAGCGACUAGCAGAAUUCUCCCACCCGAAGUCGGUAGCAGCAGGGUCUGGCAAUCCGUCCACUCCUGCUGACUCUCUAGUCUCAGUUCAGCAGGCGGCUACGUGCGGUUGGAACGCGCGUGAAAGGACGAAAGACGCACACACAGGACGAUUAUGAAACAGUGACAGAAUACGCGCAAUCCAAAUAAACAGUUUUAACAUUAACGGACAUUGUGGAUUAUAUCAAGUUUGUGAAUUUGGCGGAAAAUUUUACGCAUCCUGCAGGAUGGCUCUAGGACGUCUCCUUCGGACGAUCCUGAUCGUAUCCGCGCUUUGUCAUCUCCACAUCACAGCGCAAGAUGAAAAUUACUACUUCGGAGCACAGCAGCCCCGUUUCAUACCGACCUACCAACAGGACGACUACAACAACUUCAAAGAUGAUUUGGACAGCUAUUAUCCGCAGAGAGACUUGCAGACUUCGGACCUCCCGUUGCAUCUGCAGCAAACUCUGCCACAGUAUCGAUUCCCAUCAACUCAACAGCCUCAAUUCUACAAUGAACCACACGGUUUCCGGCCUCAGUUUACAGAAAAUAUUGUCCCUUCCACACAUCGUCCGAACUAUUCCCAUCUUUUCAAAUCACACAACCACAAUCCCUCACAACCUGAAACAUUUUUAGGUGAAAUUACAAUCGAAAGUCCGGCUGAUCUUCCACCGGAAUUCAGCAAUCGCGCCAGCCCUUUCAAACCUUCCAUCAACUUCCCUAACCAAUGGAACGAGCAGCCCAAAUCGCAGAACAACAGAUUCCGUCUCUCGGAACCACCAAACUCGUUGCAGAAUGUAGAUAACGAUAAAACUAAAGAAAAUAAUAUACUCUUGAAGGGCCGCAACAGUUUUCUGAAUCACCGUACGAGAAUUUUCGCUCCGGAAAAGGAAGGAGAAUACAGGACGAAGCCGCAAGUCAAGGAUUACUUUGUAAACAGCAACGGGGAAGUUUUUGGAACGAAAUCUGGUCGGGCGACCACAACCCCGAUACCAGCAACCACACUCCACAGACGGUUCCCCUUCAAAAUAACAGAGGCGCCGACUUCUACAACGACCACCACGGAGAAAAGUUCCCUCGACAUCGAUUCUCUUUUAGAGGAUAUCAAAGAGGAAACUGAUAAUUCUAAUCAUAAAAACGAUGUGGAAAUUAUCAAGCAAGCUGCAAUCACUUUAGCACCUGAGCAGUUCUUCACUUUACCGCCUAGCCAUGAGAGUGAAGAGUACGAAGACGAUGACGAGUUUACGACCGACUACGAUUACUUGAAAAGCACAGAAGAUACCUCGAAGGAGAUUAAUGAUACUCACGAAGAAGGUGCCAAAAUUGUUUUCAGAAACGGCGAAUCCAAUGAAGACAACUCUAGUAACGCUGUUGAUUCCAAUAAAUCUGAAGAAUUAACGGAACCAUUUACUACUUCCACGACAACAACUACUACUACAAAAGCUCCACCUACUACCACUAGAAGUACACCAAGCACUCCAUCGACCAUUCCCUCAACCACGACAACUUCAACUACACCACUUCCUACUACCACUACUACUACGACUUCUACACCUCCUACAACUACUGCUGCUACUACCACAACUAUUACAGCUGCAACUACAAUUACAACAACCAGUAGUACGAAAUCAGAAACAAUAAGUAAUAACAUUCAAAGUGAACCAAUUACAACCGUCGCGCCACAAGUGAAAAGUUACGACGUCUUAACAAUGAAACCUUCAACAAUGGUGAAGGAUGACAAUUUCAAAACGUUCAUUGAUAGUACUGUAAUAGAUUCCAGCGAAGAAAACGAUGUUAAAACGGCGAAUGAAUCUCACAAAGAGAUCAUUAUUCAGCCUGUCGUUUCUGUCGUUACAACUAAAAGCGUCGUAAAUAACACUAUUAUCGCUACUCCGAAUCCACUUCCAACCGAACAAAUAACUUCGCCUACCACGCCUUCAACACCCGAAGACUCUUCUGAUUCCUGGGUGGUAAUCGCUUCAGUACAAACUAGUCGAAGCGUUUCAGGCGCAAGAUAUUUGCCUUCGCCCAUCGUAGAACAAGACAUAAGAACUAAAUUGCUUAAUGAACAUUCCGACGAAGAUCCUACAACUACCGAUGAACCUGUGACUACGGUCUCUUCAAAACCAAAUACGUCUACAGAAAGUUUGAACGAUAAAUUAGAUAGGGUUCAAUCAGACUUAUCAAUUUCCUUGUUGACUGGUGGAUUUAAUAAUAGCGGUAAUAAUAUUACGGUAAUCAAAGAAGUACAAAUUGAGAAAAAUGCGACUAUGAUUGAUAUUGAAACCACUACUCCGACCACUACAACUACGACUAUUCGAACAACAUCACCUCAAGUCGUGAUUAAGAAAUUCUCAGCGGUUGCCCGACCAACAUUUAAGCCGCGAUACCAGACUCGCCCACCGAAGACUACUCGUCCUCCUGUGCACUUGGACUUACCUCAAGGCGAUGAACCUGCAGGUAGAUCGACUGGUGAUUCAGCAAAGAAUAAUAUUAACAUACCCGACCUUACGAAAUUCUUGCCACCUGGGUAUAAGCCAACCAAAGAAGUACAAGCUGAAGCACCAAAAACAUUGGAAGACUUUAUCGGAAUAAAAGCAAAUAAUAAAACUGCUGUUCAACAAGUGGAUAUUUCUAGCUUCUUACCACCUGGCUUUAAACCUCCUUCUGACGCAAAGAACACUACAGCAGGUCAAAUUAAAAAGGUCGAUAACAUUCCGACAUUCCUACCACCUGGAUACAAGAAACCUGAUGAAACCAAACCAAUAUUGGAGAAACCUAAAUCAAUUGAAAAUUCGACUGGCCUAUUGCCGCCUGGGUUCAAGCUUACAAACAAAUCGAAAGAAAUACCCAAGUUGGAUAAUAUUGCUGCAUUUUUACCACCUGGCUUUAAAUCACCAACAACGUCAUCUAAACCAAAGGAAAUUGUUAAAAUUAAUAAUAUUGCCGCAUUUUUACCACCAGGGUACAAAGCACCAAGCACUACCGAACAAUCUAAAACUAUUACUGUUGAUGAUAUGUCUGCGUUACUACCACCUGGAUUCAAGAAGUCUUCUAAACCUGAAGUUAUUUCUGUUAAAUUGGAUGAUUUGCUACCUCCAGGUUACAAAAAGUCUACAACUGAAAAACCUGGAGAAGAAGGACCGGUUAAGGGAAUAACGAUGGAUGAUAUUUCUGCAUUCUUGCCUGCUGGUUACAAAGGGCGAUUCACACCUAAAUCAACAACAGAAACUCCAAGCACUGUUGAAAUAACAACUGCAAAGGCUGCAAGCACAACAGCGGCAGGUUUUAAGAUUGUAUUCCCUAGUAGACCUGGAGGAGGCGUUCGCAAAUCCAGCUCUGGUAGAUUAACCACACCUAAAUCUAUUAACUACGAUGUACCAGUAGUCACAGCACCAUCAAUACACAAAGGAUGGCCUUCGAGGGCAACAACUGAAUUUACCGGUUGGCCGUCGGUCCUUACAACACCAAUUUCUGUUGUUAAGCUAUUGCAGGAUGUUAAAUACAAUGCUUCAUUGGCGGCUAAUUCUUCAACAACCACGACGACUACUACUACCACUACAACUACUACCACAACAACUACGACCACACCUAAACCAACGACACCUGGAAUAUGUUACAAAGAGUGUGAUCUUGCAGGAACCAUUAAACUGGUUGGAGGUGCCAAAUGGGUACCGGAAUUACUGGAUAGUAACACUCGUGAAUGGCAAAUAUUGGCAAACGAAGUUCAAUCUCAGCUCGACGAUGUGUACAGCAAAUCUAACAUACUGAACAAGUGGUAUAAGAAGAUUAGAAUUGAUGGCUUCAGCGAAGGCAGCGUAUUAGUGGACUAUCUUGUCGAAUUAAACGAUCUGGGGCGCCAAGUAGACACUCUGGAAAUUAAAAAGUUAUUCCACGAUACACUCGAUGUGGCCUUAACUAAAACUUCCAACCGUGCACCUAAAUCAAGCGACAUCAGCGAUGGAAAACUCGAAGGAAAACUAAGCUUAGGAAACUUUAUCGUUGAUCCCAAGUAUACAGAUUUCAUUGUUCUUCCAAAACAGAUUUACCCAACCGUAAGUUCGGUUGAUGAAAAAUACAAUCUUCCUCAAUGGUCCAUUGCCGUUAUUGUCAUCGGUUUGGCAUCCCUUCUAUUCGUCAUUAUCUUUGGAGUAAGUGUGUUAGUCAAUAGACAGAAAAACGCGAAAAAGAAGCAACCCGUCCCAUUAACCGAAGAUAUGCUUAAUGAGCUCAAUAAAAACCACAUGGCUGGAAUCGAUAACUUCGGCGCUGACGAUAUUUACAAUAUGGAAGAUGUUUGGAAUGAUAAACAUUACGAUACGAAAUUACCCAAAAAAAGAUCAGCGGGUUCGAUCCAUGAUAAUAGCAUGGCUAAUCUCUACGACAGUUGGAAAUCUGAAUGGAAUGGCUAUUAUUAUAACGAGUAUUAUGGGAACAACCAGCAUCCUGGAAGCAGUCACGGCGGCCGCAGACGCUCUGAUUACGACACGAACUUCUAAGGAAGUACACUAAAAAACAUGGAGAACAAAAUAAUCUGCGACAAAAUCAUCCACGUGUAUAUAUUUAUAUAUUUAAAUUUGUUCACCCGUAUAUACAACAUCACACUGAAAGAGAGAGAAGAACUACAAGAACAAUAACAACAACAAGAACAUCAAUGCUCAAAUUUUUAAAAAAAUAUUGUAUUCAACUUUUAGACUUAUUCCCCCUGAAAUGAGGAUUUGUAGGCAAUUUAAAUAUAUAUUUAUGACCAGGAUUUUCUAGUCAGACUACAGCCAAUUUGCAGACAAUUUUACUACUUUAUUAGUGCAACGGCUGUGAACGCGUUAAUUAACUAAGACUUAAGUUUUAAAUGGAUUAGAGAAACUUCCAAAAACAAAACAAAACAAAAAAGAAAUGACGACAAAGACGGAGAAAAUUGGGAUAGCGAAAAGUAUAAAUGAAUUUAACAAACAAAUAUAUAUGUAUAUUCAUUGAUGUUACGUAUUGAAUGAUGGUUAAGCUUAUUGAACAAUCCCAGCUCGUAAUCCAAAAGAAACAUAAUUGUACGUUAUUUAAAAUGUAUAACUGUUCCCUCCCUCCAAUGAACCUUGAUGUGUAUGGAAAUUUCUUGGCCAUCUGCAUUUUCGAAUUCUACGAUCGACUGUUGAUAUUUGCUCGAAAAUGAAUUUCGUUCGAUGCGAUGAAGGAAUUUGCGAAAUGCGGAUGGCUAACAUUUUCGAAUCACUCGAAUAACAAUAUUUUAUAAGUUGCGAUAU